AAGCUCGCUCGCAGCUACAAUUGCACGACACGGCUCCUUACCGGAAGCCGCCUCUUUCCCUCAGUACGGGGCCACUCUAAUCCCCAGCGUUUCGCGUGCGCCAACGCGAGCCACUCGGCCCCGUUCACUCUUCGAUUCCUCCGUCGCAGGAUACAUCCAGGCAGCGACGAAGCCCGGCAGGUUUUGACCACCUGCAAGCGUUAAGAAAGCUCGACUGGGGAAAAAGGCAAACACCUAACCUACCCCAUACAUUCAUUCAGUCUUCAAGUUGCACGCAGCUGACCAAUUCCGCACUGGGGGCAGCGAAUUCUGCACUCUGUUAUGCUCGAGUUUCCCCUGCACGAUGGCUUCUUCCCGCAGAUAGCGCUGAGUCGAGAGGAGGUGAAGUACUACAAGCGGCUGGGUAAGGAGCGCGUGACGCAGCUUAUCCGCAUCAUUGAGGACGCUGACUGUGCGUACAAGUGGAGCAGCACCGAUGGCUCCGCGCACCGCAGCCAUAGAUCGCGGAUCCCGGGGCGGUCCCGCCUCAGUAUCGAGACUAAGGACGAGCCUUCCGUUUCCUGCCAACGCGCCAACUUCCUGGACUUCCAGCCGUCCAACAAGUCCACACACGCGUCUACGUUGCUCAAGGCCAGUGUACAGCUGACCGACACGAAAGUGGACGAGAUCUUACGAGCUGUCGCGAAGGUCAAGACGAAAGACUUCAGGAAGGCCAUGCGGUAUAUGCACGGCGACGCGUUUGUGGACGGCAGGACGUUGUUCACCUUCCCGCAACAUUCGGCACGAUCUGGCAGCGACGCUACCGAUAGAACGCCAUCUAGAGCGUCGUAUUCGUAUCGUGCCAUAAAGUGGCAUGCCUUUAAGACCCACCGACCGCGACAUGGAGAAGACGAGAAGAUCUUGGAUUUCUGUUAUUUGGAGUACGCAGGAAAGAAAAAGCCGCAUCCUGGCUCGAGUGUCGUGGGGUUCUGUGUCCAGGAAUCGAUUUCUAGAGAUCGAGAGGUACCAACUUUGGAGAAUUUCGGUAUUGCGAGGGGGUAUCUGUCCCGAAUGGGCAUCAUAGUGUCGAAAACGCACCAGCCGAACACGUUUAAGGUGACUUCGAUCUGCCAGAUUGACGGGGAUCUCAAUCCAAUUGUACGUGGAGUAUUAGAAGAACUUAUGAAGAAAACUGUAUGUGCAGUAGCCAAGAUUCCGGGGCUUGUGGCACGACAGAGAGUGAGCAGUCUACGAUUCGUGGAGCAGUGGCAGUGGGUUCCCAAUUCGGACCGUAAGGCGUGUGCGGUUUGCCUACGAGGGUUUUAUUUCCGUCGCAAACACCAUUGCCGAACUUGUGGCGAAGUGGUGUGUUCGUCAUGUGCUUUGUUACGAGAACUGGAGGAGCCGAUCUUUGAUAUCACCCACUUACGCGUGUGUUCUGCCUGUAUGACAAGCGCUGGAGCACGACAACAACAGCUCUCGGCGGUGAGUGCUACAGGUACAGGAGAUGAACCGGCGUCGUCUACUUCUAACGACACGGAGUCGUACAUUCGAGGCCUGCGUAGUCCGCAGCACAAUUCUUAUGAGGAUAUGAUCUUCCACAUGCGCGAAUCUCGAGAUCGUGACCGUCGACAGAGUGAUCUGGCUAUGGAAGUGCUGGAAGCGUCAGAUACCGAGCUGAAACCUGCCAAUCCUGCGCGUAAAAUCGACGUCAGUCCGCAGUCACGUGCUCAGGACAAGAUGCAGGCGCUCACGGAUGUUGUGACGCAUAUUCGCGAAGUUCGAGACACGAUUAACCUCACAAUGUCCGAGGCAGCAUAUGGAGAGCGACAGGAUGAACAUAGUGAUGUGACGGAAGAGUACAAUGACAUGUACAGCGAGAUCACGAGCAUUCGUGAAGCAUUGGAGAGCUCCGUAUCAAAUUUUGAUGCUGCACUAGCGAAUGCUACGAACGCAGCGCCUGCAAUGUAUUACUCUGGGCCAAGUGACCGCAGUCAAGAUUCAUUCCGUGAUGGUGGGAAUGGUGAAAUGACACCCGAUCAGUUUAAUUCGGUUGCUCGUAUCACAUUCGCUGCAGCCAAAGCAACAAGACAGGCUGGUCAGGCUUUCUUGUCCGUAGGAGAGCGGCAACAACGUCAAUCUCUCGUUGCUAUUGACACUGGAGAUGACCAAGAACUCGAUGAUGAUGCAUCGUCUGUGGGCUCGGCAUCAAUUGCGAGUUAUCCGACCGACAGUGACGACAGUUCGAUGCAUGACCCAGACCCAUACUCAGCUUCGAACUACGAGAAAAUCAUGGCCACGUACCAGCCCGAGCACGACGAUGAGGAUGAGGACGAUAGACACUCGUCACAUAACUUUGCGGCCUCCGUACGCCGCGCAACCGAGAUCCAUGAGCUGGAGAAGAAAAUCCUCGAUCUGCAGCGCAGUCUCGAAGACGCGCAGCGGAAACUAUCAGUUAUUGACAGUGACGAGCCCGAGCCUGAAGCACGAGCCCGUCAGAGAUUAGACGCCGUGCGUGAUCGCUCAGCUCGGAUGGAAAUUGAAAGCGUAUUCGAGAUCUUCGGCGAUCGCGGCGACGACAACAAUCCUAUACUCGGAGAUGCAGCCUCCUCCGUUUCCUCGGGCCCUAGGGCAAUGUCGUUGCCUUCUGACGCGAUGGGGUCGAGAGGCUUAACGACACAAGACCUGGUAUCUGAACUACGUGGUGUGAUGGCCUCCAGUGAGACUCCCGUACGAGCUAGCGGUGGCUCCAAGAAGUCUCUGUCGAGGUCAUCGACGCCUCCACUGCCUCCUACAGUGACUAAGGCCCCAAUCAGUCCCCCUCCACCCCCACCACUACCGGAAUCUCCUCACAAAAUUCGUCACUCGCUACCAGCUAAGCCCAAAGUUAAUGGUGGUCUAAAUGACAGUCACGAAAGCACCAAGAAGAAACAAACACCUGGUACCAACGGAACAUAUAUGGCUCCUUCUGAAGGCUCCUAUUUGCAAGCUUUAGGUACUACUGGUGGCACCAGAUACGGUGACGAUGACUACGCCUCGUCAUCGUCUGAUGAGGAAAGCUACGAUGACUCGUCCGACAACUUGUCGCUGCUCAGCAGUGAUGAUCUCCGCGAGCCUCAAUUCAAGAAAUACCAGGGACCCGACGCGUUCUUUGUGGAGGAGGAUCUGGGGGCCUUGCUCAAGAAGAGGAAGGCCGAAGCUGGGACGUCAUCCCCCAUUAACCCAGCGGACUCGCCAUCUUCACCGCUUCCUUCAGUUGGUCGAGACGAACGUGACGAGCUUCGUGAACUCAUGGCAGGACUGGUUCGUCCUCGUAGUUCCUCACUCCCAUUCCAGUCAAAACAAAUGGGUGGCGCAUCGUCUGGCGAGCCCCUUUAUGACUUUGAGAAGCCCUCGUGGAGCGACGAUGCUCCUGACCGCGUCCCGACAGCACACCAAGUGGACGAAGCCGUACGUGAGAUCCGUGCGUGCCUGGCCAGCUGCCGCUGCGAGUGCCCGUCCGACACGGAACGAGCACGCAAACUCACUUCCAUUUUCAAAGUACUGCGGUCUCUGCACCGCGAGGGCGUGCGCUCCAAGUUCCGUACGCUGCAGCACGACGAUAUUCGCUACGCUAAGAUGCUUAAGGCGACACCCAGCAUUAUCAAGCUACUAAAGCUCGCUGGUUAUGUAUCUCUACAGCAGAAGCUUACUAUGCGGCGAGUAGAUCAGGACUACCUCGCGUUAUUCCUACGUGAAUUGGAGCAGGAGCUCCACUCUUCCGCUGUUGUAUGAAUUGAGUGAAAUAGCGAUCAUCCAAGUGCAGACUACACGAGACUACAAGUACAAGAUGACAAAACUACAAGAGUAAAAGCAUAGAGUACGUACUAAAAUUUACAACUCAAAUACUUCGAAGUAAAUAUGUUGUUGGAUUGAAAGCACGGAUAAAACCCUCCAGCGCUAUCAUAGCAUGCAACCGUGCAAACACGAUGAAGUACAAACGCAGACGGACCAGGACAAGAUGUUACAAAGUUCCUUUGUGGUACAGUGGACAACGCCAGCCAAACGUAAUUUAGAGGCCGACCACCGGUCGGGGCAACCGAAGCGAGGUCCUCUUCAUGAGUUUAUAUACAAC